UCAGUGAUCGAUACGUGUUGUGAGUGAACAAUGGAUUCCGAAACCAAACAAACCAAAAUCCCGCCGAAGAAUUUCUCAAUAGAAUCUAUUGUGGGCAUCGAUCGACGCUCCCCGGAAAUCGACAUCGAGAAUAACAUCGAUUUCAAUGAUGAGGAGGUUAAGAAAGUUGGUUAUUACUUCCAAAAUCGUGUACCGAACUUCCCUUUCUUCAUGUACGAGAAGAGAAAUGAGUACCAGGGGGAGGAUUUGAAGAGGGCCAGCCCCGGGAGUGUCAGGAGUGAGGUGGACAGCGACGGCGCAGAGGACAGACCACACGAAUCGUUGAGUCCACAAUCAGAACAAAUGACAAACUCAUCGUCAGUACCAGAUCCCAACAUCAGGAGAUACCGCACAGCGUUCACAAGAGAGCAGUUAGCUCGUUUAGAGAAGGAAUUUAUGAAAGAAAACUACGUAUCAAGACCGAGACGAUGUGAAUUAGCAGCACAGCUACAGUUGCCCGAAUCUACUAUCAAGGUAUGGUUUCAAAACCGAAGAAUGAAAGACAAGCGCCAACGUAUCGCCGUGGCAUGGCCCUACGCAGCAGUCUACAGCGACCCAGCCUUCGCAGCAUCUAUCCUUCAAGCAGCUGCAUCAUCAGUAGGCUUGCCUUACGGCUACCCUUCAGCCCCAAUAAUCCCCCCCUUCCACAACCCUCAACUUUUACCCUCGGGCUACCCAUACCCCUAUCCCUACCCCAGAUACCCGUACAUUCCACCAACCCCACCUUCCCCAGUCAACCCAGAGGGCCCAGUUAGACCCGGCUAUUCGAAUUUUAAUAUUAACGUUGAUAAGUAAUUUGGUAAAUUGGGAAGGUCAAAAGGAACAAGUCGUUGUAUGAAAAUUAACAAGUAUUGUAAUGUAUCGUAUUAAUUUGAUAUUUAUUCAGAAUUUUAUAAAACAAAUCCCUUUAGCCCUAUUGUAUCGAGAGUUUAAAUAUAUUUACGUUCAAGAUGAAUUGAUAUUAUUAAUUACUUCGAUAUUUUCAUUAGGAAUCUUUUGUCACGUUUGCUCAUUGCCAAUCUGUAACUAGAGUAAUAAAGACAAAAUAUCAGGAAAGUUCCUAUGGUAAGAAUUAACAGCUAAAUAUAAAGAAUUGAUAUUUCAGUACUACCUGGACUAUCACAUCGAUAUUUUCAUUACGUAUCGUUUGUCACGUUUGCUCAUUGCUAAUCUGGCGGGAGUGUAAUAGAGACAAAACAUCAGGAAAGUUCUUUUAGUAGGAAUUUACUGCUAAGUAUUUUUACGGGAAGCAUAGUUCGCUCAGUCUCGCCUCAGAAAUUUAUAUCAAGGCACUUAUGUAAAUAAAACUAACUUAGGUAAUUUAUUAAAUAUUAAAAAAGACAUAUUCAUUCCACUAUGUAAAUAGGUGUUAGUAAAUCACUAAAAUAAGAACCAAAGUGUAUAUUUAGUGCAAUAUUGUUUAAUCAAUCAAGUGUCAAUACUCAGAAUCCUUCAUUAAGCGUUUCAUAUUUUAUUUCGUAAAUUUUGUUCCGUGCUUUAAUUUUUGAUUCAUAUCCUAUUGUUUAAUGGAUGAUUGAUGAAUGAUGCUGAAUAUGGCAGCUAAUUAUAUGUUUAUAUUUUACGAAAAUUAGGCUUAUAUACGGAGUUUAUGUAGUGCCAAAUUACCGACCUAUGAACGUUGACGUUUCUGAUUAUUUUGGUCACAUAGCUCCGACUCUGUAAUGGAUACUCGUAAAUAAUUUUAAAAUGUCAUCAAUUAGAAAUUUAGCUUGUAAUGUAUAAAUUGUAAAUAUUUUAAGUGUUCA